GGGGACUCACAUUGUUUUAUAUGACUUUUGAAAGAAUACUUGAAACACCAGUACACAAAGGAGCACCUCCAUCUCCACCUCAACGGAGCAAGUUAGUUAGAUCGUGCAUGAAUUCACAUAGGCGAUACUUAAGUCAUAGGACUUCAAAAUUUUCCAGCAACAGACACCGGAAGCUUCAACCUUUUAGAGAAACGUGAGGCAAUUAUUCUAAUAAAACGCCUGCGUUAACAAAUAAAAUAAUAUAAAAAUUAAUAAAAAAAAUUGAUGUAUUUAAAAACCAGAAAAAUUUUACAAAAAAACUAACAUAAAAAUUAUAAUUUAAAAUAAAAAAAAAAAAAAACACAAAAAUAAUAACAAAUUAAACUACUGUGUGUGGUUAACAAUAACAAAAUCAAACCAAAUUUUUGUCCUUUUGAACUCAAGGAAAAUUUAAGGAAGAAAUAAAAAUAAUUAUUUCUUAAUUACAAACUCAAAUAUAAUAUUUAAACAAAAAUUAUCACACAAAGCUUUAAUCUUAAAGCCAGAAACAAAACACAAAAACAAGCAAAUCAAACAAACUUCAUGAAUUUAAUAACAAAUAUCUACAGUAAAUCAAAAAAUAAAAAUUUAAAACCCUUAACCUCUUCAAGAGUGUUACGGCAGCUGCACACUAAUGUUAAAACAGAUCAAAUAGGGUCAAUAGCUUAAGCGCGCAGAGCGAGCUCCAAAAAGCCACAGAAAAGCAAAGAAGCAAGCAAGAUUAAGGAAGCUAUAGAAUUCCAAUAGGAAGCAGGAGAAAAUUAUAUCCAAAACGAAAGACAAAGCGGUAAAGUUUGAAAGGAAAAGUCCAAGAAGCUGUUUUGAAGAACGAAAAAAAAACACGAGAUCAAAUUUGAGAUCGUCAUUGAAGCACAAGAAUAAGAAUCAUUUUAAAUAAGAACUUAUAAACCUCGAUAAAGACAAGAAAUCUUAAGAUGGGUUCGGUUAAUGUCAAUCGUAAUGUCACUGACAUUUUCUAUCGCUACAAGAUGCCGCGCAUCAAUGCCAAGGUAGAAGGAAAGGGCAACGGCAUCAAGACUGUCAUUGUGAAUAUGGCUGAAGUUGCCAAGGCAAUCGGGCGCCCAGCCACUUACCCGACCAAGUACUUUGGUUGUGAACUCGGAGCUCAGACUCAAUUUGAUUAUAAGAAUGAACGCUUCAUUGUAAACGGCUCUCAUGACGCCACUAAACUGCAGGAUCUGCUCGAUGGCUUCAUCCGUAAAUACGUUCUCUGCCCGGAGUGUGACAAUCCUGAGACCGAUCUUACCGUUAACGCUAAGAACGGAUCUAUCUCGCAGUCAUGCAAGGCUUGUGGAUACCAUGGAUUACUGAAAAUUCACCACAAGGUGAACACUUUCAUUAUCAAGAAUCCUCCAACAAUCAAUCCGGCUACCCAAGGAUCGUCAUUAACUAAAGGCAAACGUGGAAGGAAUUCAAAGAAGAACGGCGAAAAUGGCAGCAUGUCGGACUCGGUAAACAAUUCGAUGGCUAACAACUCGGGCGACUCGGAUGGUGGCACUAACCAUGCCAGCCAGACGGAAGCCGAAAUAAACGCUGCCAUUCCAACAAAGGCCGAAGAUGAUGAUGACAAUUGGACAACUGACACCUCGGCUGAAGCCAUUCGCGCUCGUUUGCAAGACUUAACAGAUGGAGCCAAGACAAUGACCAUCUCCGAUGACUAUGAUAAGACAGAGAAAGAGCGCAUUGAUAUCUUUUACGAGUUGGUAAAGCGCAAGAUUGAUGAGAAUCAGCUAGACUCUGUUGCUGUCCAUAAGGAGUUGGCCAUUGAAGCUGAGCGCUUGGAUAUUAAUCACAAGGCCACUUUGGUAUUGGCUGAGUUGCUUUUCUCUGCUAACAUCACCAACGAGGUGCGCAAGCACCGUAAUCUUUUGUUGCGCUUCACUCAUAACAAUUCUAAGGCACAACGCUACUUGAUCGGUGGCAUCGAGCAAAUCAUCGCUUUGCACUCUGCCAAGCUAAUGGACAAAGUUGCUGGAAUUCUCAAACUCUUCUACGACAUCGACAUCCUCGAGGAGAAAGCCAUUCUUGAUUGGGCCCAAAAAGUGAGCAAGAAGUACGUCUCCAAGGAGGUUGCCGCCGAAAUCCACGAAAAGGCAAAGCCUUUUAUUCAAUGGUUGCAGGAGGCCGAGGAGGAGGACUCCUCUCAAGAUGAAGAUGAUGAUUCCGAUUUGGAGAUCGAAUAUGAUGAUCGUGCUCACAUUCAGCCAAUGAAGAAGGCUCCAGCUCCUUCAGCCAAGAAAAUCAUCGAUGAUGACGAUGACGGUGAAGAAAUCGACAUUGAUGGCAUCUAAAUGACGUGGCUGUGCAAAGACCUACUUUCUGUAGUACUGCUCUUUUUUAUGUUUCAUUUGUUGAUAAUUUAAAAAAAAAUCUAUUUCUAACUCUCAAGAUAGUUAAAACACUUUUUCUCCUUUCCUCUCCUAUACAUAUAUACUUCUAUCUAUAAACAUGUUACUUUUUUCCUUGAAAUUGGAUUUGGUUUGAAACAUUUAGUAUUUGUGGUUAUAAUAAAAACAUUACAAUCUUUUUAUUUAAAAUAUUUUUACAUCAAUGUCAAAUUAAAAAAAAAAAACAGUAGAUUACAAUACUUUUCUCAAUUUUUAAAAUUUUAUUUUGAAAUCAAUACGUAAUGUAAUGAUAUAUUCUUCUUUUAAAAUACAAAUUUCAAUUCAUUUGAUGAACACAACAUAACACACGUAUAUAGAUAUAUAAACCAAUAUAUUUUUUGCAGUUUCUUAUAUACAUGUAUAAUUAUAAAUUAAUUCAAAGAUUUUUAAUAUGUUUCGGAUUACAAAUAAAUAAUAAUAAAAUGAACAAAA